AUGUCUCAGCUGCAACCAACAAACCGUCCAAUCAAUCAUAUAGCAAUUUCCUGCACUGAUAUCGAUGGACUCGUCAAAUGGUAUAAAAAUGUUCUCGGUUUCGAGGUUAUUAGCGAUAUCCAGCAUUGCAUCAAAACAAAAGACCCAACCCCAUUUGAGACAAUCUUCGUCUCAUACCCACCAUCACUCCAGGAGCUUAAAUUCGCCAUUCUCACAACUGGCAACGGCGUAUGUAUCGAAUGUUUUCAGUUUAUCGACCCGCCGCCAAAACCGCGAGAUGAGGAUUUUGAAUAUACCAGGGCUGGCGUUUUCCAUAUCUGUGUAACUGAUAGAAACCCCGAGAUACUGUUAAAGAAAAUUGUAGAUGAGGGUGGAAGGACGUUGGGAGGGUGGAUGGAUUAUUCAAGGUUUGGGCUCGAGGGACAUAAGGGGAUAUAUACACAGGACCCAUGGGGUAAUGUGGUUGAGAUUAUGAGUUUAAGUCUCGAGAGGGUUUCUUCAACUGGAACAGCGUUGAUGAAUGCUGCGAAGAUGCUUGCAAAGGGCAAGCUGGCAUGA